GAACCAAACAUUUGGCUAACUCAGCGGAAGCUUUGAGCCGGUCCAGUGUUUCCCAUCGGACACUUAAAACAACGGACCAAAAGCAGCAGGCGAAAUGGAAGUGAAAAAGGCGAACGCAGCCAUGCUCAGCAACUAUGAGGUGUUCAAACUCCUCACGGACCUCAAGGAGCAGAGGAGAGACGCCGGGAAGAGCAAACACAGCGUCAGGCAGCAGAACCUCAACACCAUCAUGUAUGAGACCCUGAAGUACCUGUCGAAGACGCCGUGCAGCAGACAAAGCCCCGAGAUCAUCAAGGAGUUCCUCACCACCAUGAAGCAUCACAAGCUCACCAAGGCAGAAAAACUGCAGCUGCUAAACCACCGGCCGCAGACUGCAGUGGAAAUCCAGCUGAUGGUGGAGGAGAGUGAGGAGCGGCUGUUGGAGGAGCAGAUCGAGGAGCUCAUCCAGAACGUGGCAGACCUCCUCCCAGGUGACCCGGAGCAGGAAAACAAAGCUGCGGCCGACGCCAGGAUGGACGAAGGCGGUGAACAGUCGUGACACGGUGACGGGCGCGAGCAUGACCCGCAUGCGGAGAGAACUGCCGAUGAGUCUGAACAGGUUGCAGAACUGCUUUUUAAAUGCACCAGUUUGCAUCAAAAAACAACACAAAGACAGGAUGCACAGAGACGGCAAGACCACGGCUGAAAGAGGAGAGUUGUUAUUUGUCCUCGUAUAUUUCGCUGAUAAUAAACAGUUUGGACCAAAACACGGUCGCUGGCUUUUACACAAAGGCGAUAAGUCUCUUUUUAAAAUAUUUAAAUAUUGAACAGAAAAGUGAUCUCAAAAAGGGGCGUUAUUCCUUUGAAAUGUCAUGUGUCAUAGGACAUAAAUGUAAAUGAUGGCCUUAAACAGACAAUAUUGUUUUUUACAUCUACAGUUUAUGUUCCCGUUCAAUAACAUGACAUACAGUGUUCCUUCUUAAUAUA